ACAGUGCAAGUUGAACUUUACUACAUCACUCAGCCACUAUUGCGCACUUGUUUGAUUCCAGGUGCAUUUGAAGUGCUCGUCGUGGAUAGAGAGUUGUCGCGUUGAUGAGAAUAGUGCUAGAAAAGAGUGAGUAAUCAACGUGAGAAAAGUCAUGCGUCGUUGCAUCCUCUUACUGGCUACGUGGAUAUAUGCAGCACGAAGUAAUCCUUGUGUACCUCGCGAUUUUGGAAACAAUGGAACAGUCUGUGUAUGCAAUGCUACCUAUUGCGACAGCACUCCAGUACCCGAGGUUCCAGACGUUGGUUUCUACAUCCGAUAUACGUCGUCUAGAAACGGCUUGAGGUUUUUCAAAACCGAUGGCGUUUUUAGCGAGGAAUUUCCUGCUGAUUAUCACAGUUACCGACUAGACCCUGGCACCAUUCUUCAACCAAUUUAUGGCUUUGGCGGCUCUUUCAGUGACUCAGCGUGCAUAAACAUAAUGAACUUGAGUCCAGGGGCUCAGGAAAAUUUAAUGAGAACAUACUUCAGCAAGGAAGGUAGUAAUUACAAUUUUGGACGUGUUCCGAUUGGUGGGACUGACUUCUCCACAAGGUCGUAUACCUACGAUGAUUACGAAGGAGAUGUGCUACUAGAAAACUUCAGCCUAGCACCCGAAGACUUACUCUACAAGAUUCCAGUGAUGAAAAGAGCUUUGGAAAUUAAUCCAGACCUUAGAUUUAUGGCCGCAGCAUGGACUGCUCCACCUUGGAUGAGGACAAAUCAUAAUUAUACAGGUUACGGAUUUCUACGAGAAGAAUACUACCAGGUUUACGCCAACUAUCUUCUAAAGUUUUUGAACCAAUACAAAGAUCACGGGCUAGAAAUGUGGGCCCUAUCAACGGGUAACGAACCCUAUAUUGGUGCCCAGAACUUAUCGAACUUUAUAGCUAUGGGUUUCACACCAAAAAACAUCAGCAAGUGGGUUGCGAAUAAUCUUGGUCCAACCAUCAGUACAUCAAAGCAUAAUAGAACUCUUAUUCUUACCUACGACGACGUAAGAUCAAACCUGGAUUCGUUCAUCGAUGAAAUGUUUGAGAACCAAUUAGCCACGAGUUACAUAGGAGCCAUUGCUAUUCAUACGUAUGAGGACACACUGUAUCCCACAAGCAUGGUUGAAAAAAUCCAUCAAGAUUACCCUGACAAGUUCCUCAUCAUGACAGAGAUUUCUGUGGGGAGUCCGCAAGCAGACACUGGACUUAUUUCUAUGGGAUCUUGGGACUAUGCAGAAUUGUACUUAAUGGAACUAUUCCAAAAUUUUGACUACUGGGUAACUGGUUGGGUGGACUGGAACCUCGCUGUGGACAUAUAUGGCGGGCCCAAUUGUCGAGCCAACUACAAGGAUGCUGCAAUUAUCGUGAAUGCGGAAGUCGAUGAAUUUUACAAACAGCCGAUUUACUACGCCAAUACGCACUUCAGCAAGUUCAUACCACCAGGGUCGAUAAGGGUAGGACUUAUUCAGGGGAAAAAGUCAGUCAAGGCUCAGGCUUUCGAAACUCCCAAACGAGAGAUGAUUAUUGUAAUGUAUAACAAUGCCACAAGAGACGAGAACGUCGCUAUUCAUGAUCCAAGGAGAGGAAAAAUCCACUUACAGUUGCCACCAAAAUCAGUUCACACCAUUCUGUACAAAUAACGCACACGGCAAUACUGAAUAUGUGCAGUGCAUGUAUAAAGAAUUUAUAGUGUACCUGAAAAGUAUUUUUGAUAAAGUAACGUUCUCAACUCGAA